UUGCAUGAUAUUGGCUCUCUUUAUAUAUAAACCUCGCCACAAUCACUUCAAUUAUCAUAGUUACAAGGGAUUCAAUACUAGUGCCAAAUUUGAUCAUCAACACAAAGACAAAUCGAUCAAAAUGGAGACAUCACGCAAGUUCUUCCCAACAAUUGUAGUUCUCCUCCUGCUCGUUGUCACCACAGCUGCACAGGCAAGGGAGUGCGAGACGCCAAGCAACGAGUUCAAGGGGAUCUGCAUGAUGGUGGCCAACUGCGCCAACGUGUGCCUGACUGAGGGCUUCUCCGGAGGCAAGUGCAGCGGCUUCCGGCGCCGCUGCAUGUGUACCAAGGAUUGCUAGUCAAGUGGUUAAUCCAAAUAACUGCGCAAAAUUGCAACCUAUCUAUCUUGCAUGCUUCAAUGAAUAAACCUUCUCUCUAAUAGAGCCAGAAGGUUUUCAUUCAUCUCGGCUACAAUACUACCUGUAACAAUUUUCUGUUUCAUGUAAUCUUUUCUUUCUAUUUUUUGUGGUUUGAGUAUUAAUUGUAUUGUUUUUUCUUUUGUUGAAGAUAAUUAACCCCAAUUCGAUUCCUUA